UACCCCACAAGAAAAUUUUGAUUUUUUGGGGCUUGUAUUAGUCCUCCAGAUCCUUUUUCCAUGACUCUCGGGGAAUCUGGUAGGACGUAGAGGCUGAGAUUCUACUUUGCCAUUCAAUCUCCUCCCUGAUUUUGAUGUACCCACCCGUGACCGUGGACUCCCCUGACUUGGUGUUGGUCCAAACCAACUUGCCCUCUUUUAUCUGUGAAUCCAGUGGGAUUGUGAGGAUUUCAUUGGUAAUCUGCUCAGAGCUCAGAAAUCUGCUUUUACUGAAUCGGUGCGAGUCAGGUGCUUCAUUUUCUCUGCGACUGGUUGCAAUGGAAGGGUGUGACUAUGAAGUGUUUUUGAGCUUUAGAGGACUGGACACGCGCAAGGGCAUCACCGAUCAUCUCUACACCCGUCUCGGAGAAGCAGGGGUCCGUACAUAUAGAGACGAUGAAGAUCUCCACACCGGUGAAGAGAUCGGCCCGGAUCUCCUGGGAGCGAUUGAGCAAUCGAAGAUCUCCAUACCCAUCUUGUCCAAAAGUUAUGCUUCCAGUAAGUGGUGUCUUAUGGAGCUGACUAAGAUGGUGGAGUGUAGGAAAAGGAAGGGGCAGAUAAUCAUGCCCAUUUUCUACUAUGUCGAACCAUCCGAGCUUCGAUACCAAACCGGGUGUUGUGGCGAGGCCUUGCUUGUGCACAAAAACAAGAAGCGAGUGGACGAUGAGACCAUCGGAAAGUGGAGAGAUGCUCUCAGUGUGGUUGGAGGGUUAAAGGGAUGGAACAUAGAGAACGUGGCUAACAGGCACGAAGGACAACUAGUUAAACAGGUCGUUACCACGGUUUUAAGUGAGCUGAAGAAGGCUUAUUUGGAGGUUUGUGACUUCUUGGUUGGUAUUGACGACAGUGUGAAAGAGGUGUUGGGGAUGAUAGACAGCGAUAAGGACAAUGUAAAGACUGUGGGAAUCCACGGAAUGGGUGGCAUCGGAAAAACUAUUCUUGCCAAGGUAGUCUACAACCAGCUUUCUCAGGAGUUUGCUUACACUUGUUUCCUUGGUGGUGUUAGAGAUACUUCAAACUCGAAAGGACUUGUGUAUUUGCAAAACCGACUAAUUUCAGAUCUCUCAAAUCAGACACUUCCAAGUGUUGAUGACGUUGAGAAGGGAAGGGGGACAAUCAAAGAGAGGUUUUCUAGUAAGAAAGUUCUUGUUCUUCUUGACGACGUCGAUGACGAGAGUCAACUAAUUGCACUUUUGGGGAGGCGGUGUUGCUUUGGUCACGGAAGCCGGAUACUUAUAACCACAAGAGAUGCAAUGGUUCUCCGUGCAUACAAAGUAAAUUCGACUUAUUUAGUUGAGGGAAUGGAUUUCCCUAGAUCCCUUCAGCUAUUUAGCAAGCAUGCUUUCAGAAGAGAUCACCCUCCAAUUGAAAAAUUGGAACAAUCCAGAGAAAUUGUGAAGUUCGCCCAAGGUCUUCCGUUGCUUCUUGAGGUUAUGGGUUUGACUUUAUCAUUACGUGGACAAAGAAAAGAAAUAUGGGAUGAUUACUUGAUGAAGUUGAAAAAGGGAGUCAUCAAAAGAAUCAGAAGCACGUUGAUGAUAAGUUAUGAAGCACUAGAUCCUAAUCAGAGACAAAUAUUUCUUGAUAUAGCUUGUCUUUUCGAUGGAUAUGAUAAGAGUACGGUAAUGUACAUGUGGGAAGACUGUGGUUUAUGCCCAACAUAAGGUCUUGAAACUCUUCA